ACCUCUCAUCUCAUUUAUUCAUUCGAUGCAACGGAAAGUAAAGGGAUGGGGAGAUCAGAGAGAGAGAGAGAGAGAGAGAGAGAGAGACUGGGAGACUAGAAAAUAGAUUAGAUAUCACGCACACUCAGGCGCCCAGCUAAUCAUCAGAGAGAGAGAGAGAGAGAGAGAGAGCAAUGAUGAAGAAGAAGAAGAAAUGGGGAAGUUCAGGUUUUGUGGGGAAUGUUGUCUGGUUCAAGGCUUCAAGUUCUUGAGGACUACCCAUCAAAGACUCAAUCUUGGAUUCAUUCCAAUGGCCUCGGACCAGGCUUCAUUCCCCUCAAUUCUUGCUUCCGCUUAGAUUCCCUCUCCAGAGCAGAGCAGACCGAAGCACCUUCAAGCGCCCGCCGAAUCGAAUCCAUAGUCACAGAGAUCCCAAGAUCAAUCAAACAUGAAGCUUCAAUGUCGUCGUUUAGCUCAAGUUUUGCAAUAGAGAUCUUGUGUACCACAAGCCGAGGAUAUGAAGGAAAGCUCCUGAUUGGGUUCUGGGAUGAUAGGAUUGGAGAUAACAAAGGACAGAACCAUGAGGCUCCAAUGGGAUUGGCCAGAGCUGACUGUAGCUCUUGUGGUUUAGGUCAUGUCGUGACAUCUUGGGACGAAAAGUAGAAUGAUAAGCGUUGAGUGUCAUUCUUGUUUUAACAUUGUGAGGUUGUUAUAUAUCUCUUGAUUUUGCAUUUUCAGUAAUUAAGUGCGUAAUUGAUCACCCACAAAUUGUCAGGAAUGAAUCCACCGUGUGUAUGAAGAUUUUUUAUUUAUUUAUUGUAACUUUAUUUGGCAGAUGAUAUGUGUUUGACCACAAUAAGGUGAGUCAAACUUUUGAAAGUAACUUCAAUGAUGUACUUUUUGA